GGAGGGAGGGGGACCACAGAGAUAAUGACAGAAAGGGAGCUGGGUAGUUAGACACAGAGCCAGGCUAACGCGAGGCUGGACGGAGCGCAGAGCAGAGAGGAGUGAGAGAUACCGAGCGCAUCCUUUAUGUGGCCUCCUCAUCCUCCUCAGCGAGCAUCACCGAGACGGAGCAUCGCGAUUUAUCACGGCUAUUAAAGACUUUCCACGCGUCGCCGCUUCUCCCGGGACCUUUCUGGGAUGCUCGUAUCUGCGAGCGACGCAGCCUGGACCAGAAGACACUCUGAAGCGCACGGGAUUGUAUUUACUGUUUUCGUUUCCACAGUGCUUGAGCUCCGGUCAUCUUCCUCACAAUCAAGAGCGAGCGACUGAGGCUUCUCACAGUCAAGGACAAGACGGACACACAUAAAACCAGGUGCUUUUAUGGAACACAUAAAAUGAGAGUCCCCUUAUAUCCACCCUUGAAACUGGACUGAAACCAAAACUCCAUUAUUCACAAGCCUGAGUGGACACCCAGAGUCUAAUUUUCCUACAUCACUUUGCAUAAAUCCACACUUCCCAACCACUUCCCACACUUGAUUUAUUUGACAAGCAUCUGCUGACUGUAAAAAAAGAGAAGGGAAUAUUUGGUGUGUUGGUGGUAUUUUAGAAAUGGAUGGGAAUAUGGGAGAGAUGUCGGUCCACAGCCAUGUGGAGCUUGCACACAGUCAGGACAGUCGCGCAAUGUUACACUCGCGAGACCUCUCUGCUGCCUUCCCACGUCCCUCUCUGGGAGGCCACCCCAUGGGCCUAGAACAUGAGCACAGGAGCACCACAUACGACCACAGCAUGCCAACACUGGGCUAUGGCAGGGAGACCCCAACAAGCUGUGGCAGCACUUACACAACGCUGACCCCACUCCAGCCAUUCGAUGACAAGUUCCACCAUCACCAUCACCCAUGUUUACCAGUCAGCAAUGUCAUCGGUAGCUUCACACUUAUGCGAGAGGAUAGGGGCCUUGGAGGAAACUUCUACAACCCCUAUAGCAAAGACUUGGGCAUGGCGCAGAGUCUGUCUCCUCCGCUGGGCAGCUCAGGCCUGGAGACUACCAUGCAUGGUUAUGGCUCAUUAGGGAGCCAGAAUGGACACACAGGCCAGAUGCUAGCAAGCAGCCACGAUGUCCAUAUGGGCAGCAAUGGGGGUAACAUAUUCUGCCGAACAGCAGCAGACUUUGGGAGGGAAAUGUCACCACCCUCGCUAGCCAGCGACCAUGGGAUCAGCCACCAGCUAAACAAGAUGGACACCCACCAGCAUGCACCCACCUACCACCCCCACAUCUACACACAGAGCUACCAGCAGCACCACCACAGCCAACAGGCCUCAAAGCUGGGAGAGCUCCCUGGCUCUUCCCCCUCCUCGUCCUCCUCCAGUUCAAGCCUGGCCAGGGAGAGCAUGCUAGCUGGCUCCCAGAGCAGUGGGGCAGGGGAGGAGAUCAACACCAAAGACGUGGCCCAGCGGAUCAUCACAGAGCUGAAGAGGUACAGCAUCCCGCAGGCCAUCUUCGCCGAGAGGGUGCUGUGCAGGUCUCAGGGCACCCUGUCCGACCUGCUCAGAAACCCCAAGCCCUGGGGCAAGCUCAAGUCCGGCCGCGAGACCUUCAAGAGAAUGUCCCGCUGGUUACAAGAGCCAGAGUUUCAGAGGAUGGCAUCACUGCGACUGGAAGCAUGUAAGCGUAAAGAGCAGGAGCAGUCGAAGCAAGAAAGAAACCAGGGGCCCAAACGCACUCGGCUGGUCUUCACUGACCUGCAGCGGCGUACUCUGAUGGCCAUCUUCAGAGAGAACCAGCGGCCUGCCAAAGACCUGCAGGUGACCAUCGCUCAGCAACUGGGGCUGGAGCUCUCCACCGUCAGCAACUUCUUCAUGAACGCCCGCCGCAGAAACCUCAACCGCUGGAGCGAAGAGGGACGCCCAUCCUCCACUGGCUCCUCAGGGUCCAGCACCUCCUCCCCUGCCGUCUCUUGCACCACGGCAUGAUGGGAGAAUGCGGCGGUUCUCCACAGCACGGGGCAAGCUCGUACAUCUCUGCUGCCCAUGGAGAUUUUUACUUUUUGUUUUUGAAAUCAGAGGUGUUUUUACACAGAAAUCAAAGAACAAAUGAAACCAAAGAUAAACCACUACAGAAAAUUUUGAUGUAGUUCUCAGUGUUGAAUCAAUACUUUAGCUUUAAUUUGGAAUAGAGGCCAAUGAGUUCCUUUAUGGAAGAAAUCAUGUCUGUCUUUGUUUCAGUGACAAGGGAUGAAGUGAGACCGAAGCAGGUGAUGGACUGAUCGGUCGAGUGUCAGUAUUACACAAAUCAAACCAUGAUUGAAUUGUGCAUCAGAUGGACAGAUUUUGCCCAAAUCUUUUGUGCAACCUUAGUUUCUUUCAGACAAAAUGGAAAGACAAUUAUGACCAAAGAGAUAUACCAAAAGAAUGAUGAAUGAGGGUUUUUUUUUGUUUGUUUGUUUUGAGAAAUAAUUUAACGCUGUAACCCUGUGUGGAUUUUUAGGGGAAUAUUUCAUUAUGGAUAGUUCUACGACCAGCCAGUUCGAACAAAAGCUACGGCUCAUUCUCUGAUCCUGCUGCCCAGCAUUCUGUGUGGAGAUAGGCAGAGCCUAUGAGCAGAACUGAACAGCAUCCUCCCAAACCAAACAAUGAGGCUGAAUCCUACAGGGACGAAAACAGAUCUGGAGGAGGGGGGGAGGAGGGGCAGUGGAUGCGUUUCUUUUUUUUAAAGAACCCUCAAAAGGACUGAUCGAUUGAUUGGUGAACCUCGCGGGAGCUGCUGCAGAGAAAUACAGGCGAAGUACAAAGAGGAACUCUGAGUCCUCUGCAGAUGUACAGUGAGCGCUGGUUGUCUGUGUUUGUGAUUUAUUUGAAAAUGACCAGUAGAGAAAACUCCUGUAGAUCCAUUGCAAGCUGUUACUUGGUGCUCACUUUGGAAGAUGGAGAAAUUUGUUCCUGGGUCAUGUUUCUCUUUUUUCUUUUUGUACAAAUUUCAAGCACACAAGCCCUGGUGGAUCACAGGUUGUUGGUUUGGUUGUUCAACCUCAAAGACUUGAUAUUUAUCAAUCCCCAAAGAGAAAAAAAAAAGAAAAAAAUGGAUUGGAUCUUCUUGUUUGUGACUUGAGCUUUAACCUGUCAUGGACUCUUAAAUUAAGUAUUAUGUUUUUAUAUUUAUUUAUGUAUUUAUUUCUUCCCUUAUGACUAUUUAUUUGCUAAGUAUUGUAAGUAUUUAUUUCAUUACGUGUUGUAUGUCUAUGAACUUGUCUCUGAUGGGAGUCCCAUCGCGAUACCAAAGAUGAAGGUUUGUCCUCCCUGAAUGUAGGCUCUGCUAUCAUCAUUUGUCUCUCUCUCUCUGUAAUCAGGCUGGCCUUUCAGCCGAAUGCUUGAAAAGAUUCACAUGUGGUGCAUGCCAAAGCCAGAGCUCCUCAGCCACACUGAUGUAAUGCAGAUGCAGAAACCACAAUGACUGGAGGAUGCUAGAAUUCUUUUACAGACGUACACAGUACUGGGUUAGGAUUCUGGAUGUUCAGAAUGUUUGCCUGUGGAGGUUCUUGGUCUAUGUCAGCGGUGUCAAAAUCCAGUCCUGAAGCACUGCACAAAGUUUAAUGCUUAUUCUAUUUUCCUGAAUUCAGGACUGAAUUUAGUCAGUGCUGAGUAUAUGAUAUGACCUCUUGCCCUCAGUUCAGUCCCACUGUGUUUUACACUCAUACACACCAGGCCUGUGUCUUUGGGGAGGUGCUGUGCGGUACUGUGUGGACCUUGGGGGGUUCAGGGGUGAGAGAGCGGCAGGGCCGCCCGUUUUGGCUGCACUUGCUCGUGUCCCUCCGUCUUUAACCUUCGCAGGGCAUGAAGCGAGGCCCCUUCACAGCACGCACUUGAAAGAGGGACCAUGAAAGAGGCCAUCGACUUUUGCUGACAUGAAAGAGGCCCUUUUUAUCUGUGUCCUGUUGGAGGCUGGGGCCGGAGCUCGCCGCUCACUCAGCCAGGCCCAUGGGUUUAGGGUAUUCAAAGGGGAGGGCAGAUCAGAGAAGAACUGCAUUACCAAACCAAGGGGAGGUGAGUGGGGAGUGCUGGAGAGUGGGAAUUAAAUUUUAAUGAGUAACAAUUGUUAGCGUGCUGUGAGCAGAGCAAAGGGUGUCUGCCUCGGCGCAUGUGUUAAUGCUCCAGUGCUUGUAUGAGUGCAGCUCCUUGUGGUUGCUGAACCUGUGGUGUUUGAUUAAGGGUUUGAGUGCUUUAGACACACCGUGGCUCUAUUAGAUAAAGCAGCAGAUAAAAGUUCUCAUUCAGCAUCUCUGAGCUAACACAGCCUUGGAACUAGAAAGAUGCUUCAGCAGUAAUGUAGUCUUUGGGACCCCCUAGUGGUUGAAGGCUUUGUUCAAACUGAAGAAGGAAAAGGAAAUGUCUCCUGGCUGAGAAGCUGAGGUGUGAGAAGAAGCUUCUCUGAGACUGGACAGGACGGUUUGAGGAAUGUUCUGAGCUUUGGCAUGUGUACACACGUGUGUAUGCUGCAUGCAUACAUACACCACAUCGUUAAUGUGUCUCAACUGUCUUUACGCAUAUAUAGCCUAUGCGAACACAACUGUAUGGAUGUAUGUAAGCACUGUCUUUUGAUGCUGGGACAGUGGGUUUUCUCCCCUUAUUUUCAGACUACUGCUGUACAUGUGUAAAUUACUUAGAAUUGCUGAAAAGACGUUUUCAUUUUCACCACCGAAGCAACAAGUCUACCCUUUCCCUACUAUGAAGAGAAUUCAUCUACCUCAAUUGUGUGUGGUGUAGCCGAGACGUAACUGUACCAAAGAUCCCAUGCAUUCAGGGAGAGUUUGUGUCUCAUCUUUUCUAACCAAAUGUGCUGGAAUCAAUCUGUAAACCACUAAAAUCACACUUUUACCUACAGUCAGAGAAAGCUUACCUACAGGAGAAAAGUAUUAGAUCAUGUGCGUGUAUGUAUUAAAAAACAAAACAAAAAAAAAA